GGCAGGGGACGCGGAUCGUCUAGUGACAGGGUCGGUGCAGCGGUUACUUCCGGAUUCCCUAUGAAGCAGAGGGACUGAAAAUGUUAGCGCAGUGGCAGAGGCUCGGGAGUUGACGCUAGCGCGCAGGACAGCCGCACGCAGACACACCGGCAUCCAAAACAAACACUUCACACUAGUUUUGUUUGUCACUCACGGGCUCUAUCUCUCCUCGGGGUUUCCAUUUUUUAACCGGGGCGAUUUGGGCGUCUGUUCACUCCGUUAAGUCCAUGCAGCCUGAUUCUCGUGUGACCACAUCCGCCUUCUUCUUGCAUCUACGUUGUCACCUCUCUCACUCGGGUGGAUCGUGCACUGAAUUGACAUCGUGACAUUUUGCGAGUGUUGGACGCGGUGAGGACGAGUGCACACUUCCCCAGGGUGAGGUGUCCUGCACGAUAAACACCCGGGAGCUCGGCUGGACAUCUCCUGCUGGCAUCACCAACAACAUGGACUGGCUAAUGGGGGGUUCCACCUUCAAGAUGCAUCAAGAGAGGUUUUCCUCACUGCUUAAGCUAAGAAAUCUCUGGAGACUACUGCAUCACUGUAAAAUGAAGUCCAAAACGAAGCCUAAUGGAAAGAAGCCUCCUGCUGAGGAGAAGAAGCACUAUCUGGAGCCGGAGUACACUAAAGUGCGGGUGGUGGAUUUUGACCUCAAAGAUCUAGUGGUGCUACCCAGAGAGAUAGACCUUAAUGAAUGGUUGGCCAGCAACACAACAACAUUCUUCAAUCUCAUCAACCUGCAGUACAGCACAAUCUCAGAGUUUUGCACUGGUGACGCAUGUCAAGCCAUGGCAGCAUAUAAUACAAUAUACUACUGGUACGAUGAGAAGGGGAAGAAGUGCAAGUGUACAGCACCUCAGUAUGUCGACUUCGUCAUGAGUCUAGUACAGAAACUCGUCACAGAUGAAGAAAACUUCCCAACAAAAUACGGUAAAGAGUUCCCCAACUCAUUUGAGUCUCUGGUGAAGAAGAUUUGCCGGUACUUGUUCCAUGUGCUGGCACAUAUCUACUGGGUGCACUUUAAGGAGACUGUGGCUUUAGAUCUACAUGGACACUUAAACACGUUGUAUGCACAUUUCAUCGUCUUUGUGAGGGAAUUUAAUCUGGUCGACCCCAAGGAGAUGUGCAUCAUGGAUGAUCUGUCAGAGGUGUUGUGCACGCCCCUGCCCUCCUCUCCCCAACAGAACCACCUGACCGAGAGAUGAGUCACAGCUACUGAGCCCCUGAGUGAGGAAGAGUAGGAUAAAUUGAGAAUGAGGGCCUUCAGGAGGGCUGGGGCUGCUCACAGGACUCGCACACCCUUUGACUAUUUAACCACCAUCAGUCAAAAGGGAAAAAGAGGAUGGCAGUGCCUCCCCUCAGCACGCACUAGUGGGGGGAAAAUAGCCCUGCCUACCUUUUUUUGCAGUCUAAGAUGUUGUUUUUUUUUUUUUUUUUUUUUUUUUUGCUUUUAUGUUCAGUUUUUAGUUUUUGUAUUUAUUUCUGCUCACAUUCUCGAAGAAUGUGGUGUUUUAUAAGAAUUUUGAGUUGGGCCUUAAAUUUCUAAUAAAGGUGACUGAAGAAAAGUCACUGGAUAUUAGACCGUUGUAAAGAAAUUUCUUGUAUCAUAGCGCCCCCAAGUGGAGGCACAAAAUAUAAAACGGUGCCAUCUGUCCUAACAUUUAGUACUUCAUGACCAGGACCUGGAUGCACAUUGAAACCUUUGUUCCUUUCAUGUGCAUCUUCCUGUAUCUUCCCUCUCUUUUAUUCUCACGGUCUUAGUUCAGUUUCCUCCUGGUGGGUUUUUUAUGUUUUGAGAGGUCAUGCAAUAAUUAAACAGCAGAAAUGAAUGUCCAACUUGACGCUGUAGAAUGUUGCCGCUGUAGAAUCGGUGAGACUGUCGUGUGCAUGUAGAUGGUACAGUCCAUUUUUGGCUUGCACAGAAAAUGUCAACACUGAGGUCACCAUUACUGUGGCAAUCGAUAUGCUGUAUCAUACCAGGGUUUUUUGUUUAUUUUUUUUAAUCUUUUUUUUUUAUGCUAUCAGAGGUCAUUGAAAUUAUAUCAGCCUAAACAUGUGUAGCACAUACACAUUCUGCUUGCAUUUUUACUAAAAUAGAUUAUAACUAUAUAAAGAAAUCGUAGGUGGGUUAUGUCAAAAUAGCGCCUCCAUGGAGGGGGAUGUGUUUCCCCUUCAUUUUAUUUAUUUUGACAGUUUAUUUGCAGGGUUCUUCAGUUCUGGCUUUCAUUUUAUGUAUUUUAAUGAUUUAAGUUAAAGCAAUUUAUUUUAAGAUCUGCAAAUUAUAAUCUAAUAAAACAUAAAAAUGCCAACCUGA